UUUUUUUUAGCCCAAAAAAACCUACGUUUGAAGCACAGGAGGAGAGUUUUGGAUACUCGUUAAAAAAUGGGGUCAGGACCCAUAGAUCCCAGUGAGCUGCUGAAGGGCCUGGACUGCUUGUUGGGGCAAGAGGGAGAAGUAAAAGCCGUCGAUGGAAUAACAAAAAUAUACAACUUGAUGAAAGAAUCUCAAAAGAUGGUCAGUCGGUGUAUCUACCUGAACAUCAUACUCCAGACAACUGCUCCGGAACUCCUUUCUAAGUUCAUCCGAGUUGGUGGAUACAAGCUGUUAAAUCUUUGGUUGACGUACGCUCGUAAAAACAACAAUAGCCCUCUGCUCCAUCAAAUUCUACUCACCCUUCAGCAUUUACCGCUGACAGUGGACCACCUGAAAAUGAAUAACACCGCUAAAUUAGUGAAGCAGCUCAGCAAAUCCAGUGUGGAUGAUGAUCUUCGGAAGAUAGCUUGUGUUCUGGUCAAUGACUGGAUGACUGUAAUCAGGACCCAGAGCAAUCUUCUGCCUGUUGAAAAAGAAAAAAAGAAGAAGAAAGAAGAUCCAAAAGGACGAUCUCCUAUUGCUGAUAGGACCGCAGAAGCCAAAGCGGAGUCCCGCGUAGAGGAUCAAAGCAAGCGAGAGAAGCCCAAAAUCCAGCGCACUACUGCCCCUAGUCAUGCAAAGUUCAGAUCUACAGGUCUGGAGGUGGACACGCCAUCACAAGCUCCCAUCAAGAAGCCAGCUAUAGUUCCAGUUAUAUCAGACAAAUACUUGAAGCCUGUUCCUGUAAAAAGGCAAAGUUCGGUUCCAUUACCAAGUGAUGCUGCACCUGCAGAAAAGAAAUACAAGCCACUUAAUAUUACACCAAAUGUUGCCAAGGAGAUCAAAGUGAAGAUAAUUCCUCCUCAGCCUAUAGAGAGUUUAGGUUUCUUGGAUGCACUGAAUUCUGCUCCGAUUCCUGGAAUCAAGAUUAAAAAGAAGAAGAAAGCAGUUUCUCCAACCAGUAAUAAGGCCAGUCCAUUUGACGGCAAGCCUCAAGGUGAUGCACCAGCAGUCACCAAGCCCUCUUCUCCAGAACCAGAGCCCGCAGCUGAGGCAAUGGAAGUGGAAAGACCUGGCACUCCAGUUCCUGUUGAACUCCCUGAGCCUAUGGAUACAUCUGUAUCUGCAACUACAACUACUGCCCCUGCCCCAGAUGAAGUCAAAGCUGCUGAGCCAGAGGUUCCCCAACUAACCAAAAAAGGAAAGAAGAGGAAAACGGUAACCUGGCAAGAUGAGCUCCAUCUUCGGGAGUAUUUCUACUUUGAGUUGGAUGAAACGGAGAGAGUUAAUGUGAACAAAAUUAAGGACUUUGGUGAAGCUGCUAAGCGAGAGAUGAUGAAGGACCGUCAAGCUUUCCAAAACGCCCGGCGGCUUAGUCAUGACACUAUGGAGGAAGCCACUCCUUGGGUCACCCCACGGCCCAUGUUACUUAUAGGGCAACUUAUACACGUUGGAAGCAACAGCACAGAAAAGCACACACAAGCUGAGCGGGAGAUGGGAAUCCUGCAAGAGCUUUUUCUAUCCAAAGAGAGUGUUCCUGACACUCCGCAUGAACCGGACCCUGAGCCUUAUGAACCGGCACCACCAAAGCUCAUACCACUGGAUGAGGAAUGUUCCAUGGAGGAUGGUGCGUACAUUGAGUCAAUGGACCAGAGUGGAGGUGGUCAAUCUCCAGACCUGUCAUCUGGUGCUAAGCUGCCUCCUGUACUUGCUAACCUAAUGGGCAGCAUGGGAAAUUCAAAGGCGCAAACAAGCCCAUUGCCAGGCACCAUGCAAGAGAUCCUGACUUCCAUCAUGGGAGCCCAGGGUAGCGCUAAACCAGAAGAUCUGAUGAAGCAACCAGAUUUCUCAGAUAAGAUAAAGCAGCUUCUUGGGUCACUGCAGAAUCAGAAUCAGUCCCCGCCUCCGCCAGGACCAGGGAUUCCAGGACCCAUGUCUGCCAACAGUGGCUUUCCACCACCCGCACCUAAAAACCUACCACAGCAGCCACCUCCACAACAUUACCCACCACCCGGGCCUGGUGGGCCAUUUCCAGGUCCACAUGGACCUCCUGGUGGUCCGCGAAUGAUGGGUCCACCUCCUCCACAACGUGAUGGAUAUUGGGAGCCACCACCGAAUGAAAUGCGAGGUGAACACCAUGAUCCUAUGGUAGGGAGAGGAGGUGGAAUGAGAGGGGAUAGAGGACAUCCUCCCCCAUUUCAUAGGAACCGAGGAGGCAGAGGAGGUGACCCAGGAUUCAGGGGGCGAGGUGGAAGGGGAGGAGAAAGAGGACCUCCUGGCCGUGGAAGAGAUGGACCACACGCUAUGGGACAUGGAGAGCAUAGAGGUUACGGAGGAGAGCACAGGGGCCAUGGAGGAGAGCACAGGGGCCAUGGAGGAGAACACAGGGGUCAUGGUGGAGAGCACAGGGGCCAUGGAGGAGAACAUAAAGGACAUGGUCAAGGUGGAGAUAUGUCUUUUCGUCCUGUUUGUCGACAUUUCAAGUACAAGGGAAACUGUCGAUAUGAAAACGAUUGUGCCUUCUACCACCCAGGCAUUAAUGGACCACCUUUACCUUAAGAAGUGACCCGUUGAAUCAGUGUUUUCCUGGAAGAAAGCGAACAAACUGAACUUUAAUUUAUGGCUUCUGUGAGGCCCAGAUCUUCCCCUCAUUAUCAUCAACUCUGACGAAGAAGCAGAAGAUUCCGCCUGCCUCUUAUGUUUGAGU